AUGGCAGCGAUGUUUAAUAAUUUAUACUUGCACGACUCGUACGCCCUCAAGUUAGAUACUAAUGUCCUAGAUACAUUGGAUUCUGCUAAUCCCAUCACUUUGUAUACCAUAUGGGCGAUCAUUUCCCGUUGUGCAGAUUCUGUAGAGCAGGGUAGAAGACUAGAAAACCGGGCCUGGCGUCUCUGGAAAACAGCGCAAACCCUUGAGAGAGCGAUUAAGAAGCCUGCUACUUCAACCGCAAUCGCCAACUUGCCUUCGUAUACCAUCCCGAAUAAGAAUUGUGCGGAAACGAGAAAUGGGGAAGUUCCUGGGCUGUCUCAUAGCGUCGGAUCUUUGACCGGUGGCUCUUUGACCGACACCGAGACUGUUGGCUUCACCUCCGUAUCACGAUCCCCUGAGGGUCGUACACGAAUAAAAGGCCAGAGGCUCAGAACACCAGGAUCGAUCGGUACCAAAGAGCAGUCCCUAGAGCAGGUCCCUGAUAAUUCCUAUACUCCUUCACUAUCACCGGAUGGCACUGAGAGUCAAGUACUUCAUCAGUCGGGACCAGCUUCUGAGGCCUCGUCCCAAGAUUCCUUGCCCGAACCGAGCUCUUCACCAGCACCCAAGCCUGUGCAGCCUAAGCAGCUCGCUCGCUUCGCCCUCGAAGAUUUUCGCAAGAGCUCUGGCCACUCUGCCCCUCCCAACACUAGCAUCAGCAACUUGACAGCCCAGGCUCUACAGCAGAGCGAGUCUGCCGUUGACUCAGACACCGAAGCCGAAUAUGUUGACGAGAGUGCCAUCGAUGACGACUCUUCUGACUGGGAUGACUCCACGGAAGAUAGCGGUAAAUCUAGUGUUAACGAUAAGUUCUUCCAGCGCGUUAAGUCUAAAGCCAACCUCACCUCCCGCCCGUCGCUAAUUACGCUCAUGCUUGCUCAGAACGAGUGCGCCAGGACACUCGGCGAUCGAGCUUCGCGGUCUACUCCUGCUAUCCGCCGAACCCAAGCGGCGCCUAAUGGACCGAGUCUGGGAGCUUCACCCAAUGACUUUAACGGAACCCGGCUGGUGAUAAAGGGCAUGUGA